AGAGGACCUGACCGGUUGUUGGUGGUGACACUGGACUGUUCUAGGAGAAACACCCACGUUGUCCAUGGAUUUUGUUGCCGGAGCCAUCGGAGGCGUCUGCGGUGUUGCUGUGGGCUACCCCCUGGACACGGUGAAGGUCAAGAUCCAGACGGAGCCCAAGUACACAGGCAUCUGGCACUGCGUCCGGGACACGUAUCUGCGAGAGCGGGUGAGGGGCUUCUACAGGGGCCUCUUGUUGCCCAUAAGCACUGUGUCCCUGGUCUCGUCACUGUCUUUCGGCACCUACCACACCUGCCUCACACGCAUCUGCCGGUUCCGGUAUGGCAGCGCCGACGCCAAGCCCGCCAGGACCGACAUCACGCUCUCGGGUUUCGCCUCUGGCCUCGUCCGUGUGUUCCUGACCUCGCCUACCGAGGUGGCCAAGGUCCGCCUGCAGACCCAGACCCAGACGCAGAUGCAGCAGAGGCGGAGAUCCUCGGCCUCAUGGCCCUCGGCCGUGCCCCCCAUGUGUCCUGCACCCCCUGCAAGUCAGGUGCCUGGGCCCAAGUACCGGGGGCCGCUGCACUGCCUGGCCACAGUGGCCCGUGAGGAGGGGCUGCGGGGCCUCUACAAGGGCAGCUCGGCCCUGCUCCUCCGGGAGGGCCACUCCUUCGCCACCUACUUCCUCUCCUACUCCGUCCUCAGCGAGUGGCUCACACCUGCUGGCCACAGCCAGCCAGAUGUCCUGGGUGUGCUGCUGGCCGGCGGCUGUGCAGGGGUCCUGGCCUGGGCUGUGGCCACCCCCAUGGACGUGAUCAAGACUCGCCUGCAGGUGGACGGGCAGGGCCAGCAGCGCUACAGGGGCCUCCUGCAUUGCCUGGUGACCAGCGUGCGGGAGGAAGGGCCGCGGGUCCUCUUCAAGGGGCUGACGCUCAACUGCUGCCGUGCCUUCCCCGUCAACAUGGUGGUCUUCGUCAGCUACGAAGCCGCGCUGAGGCUCACCCGGGGCCUGCUCAAGUAGCUGUCCCACCGCUGGCCCCCCAGGCCCGCUCCCAAGGGGUCCCGCAGGGUAGAGGUGGCGUGGAUGAAAGCACCAGAGACCAG